GCGCGGCUACCGCCGGUUCCCGGAAGCGUGUCGGGCGGGCGGUUCCACUUCUUAUUCGCCAUUCCAAGCAAAGGAAACAGAGCUGCUGUUGCUACACUCUGAAACGAGAAGGGCGCGACAGAGAAGGCAAAGUACGGGUAAAGAGAACGCUAGGCGGCUUUCGAAGGAUUGUGGGUAGAAGAAAAUGGCAGAACAUGAACCCACCCCUGAACAGCUGGCAGCAAUUGCGGCAGAAAAUGCAGAAGAUGAGUCCUCUGUAAACUAUAAGCCCCCUGCACAAAAAUCUUUGAAGGAGAUUCAAGAUCUAGAUAAGGAGGACGAAAGCCUGUGCAAAUACAAAGAAGCCUUGCUAGGCUCGCACCCUGUUACAGUAGAUCCUAGUGCUCCAAAUGUACAAGUUACCAAAUUGACACUGGUGUGUGAAGCAGCGCCUGGGCCUCUAGUCCUAGAUCUGACAGGAGAUUUGGAAAGUAUGAAGAAGCAAUCCUUUGCCUUAAAGGAAGCAGUGGAGUACCGAAUAAAAAUCAGUUUUAAGGUUAAUAAGGAGAUUGUCUCGGGGUUGAAGUACAUUCAGCAAACCUACAGAAAAGGAGUGAAGAUUGACAAGUCAGACUAUAUGGUGGGCAGCUACGGGCCACGUUCUGAGGAGUAUGAAUUUCUGACGCCGCUGGAGGAAGCGCCAAAGGGGUUGCUGGCAAGAGGUACCUACAAUAUUAAAUCGAAAUUCACAGAUGAUGACAAGCAUGAUCACCUCUCCUGGGAGUGGAACCUCAGCAUCAAGAAGGAAUGGAAGGAUUAAACCUGUGAAAAGCGAGAGGUCUGUCUAGUUAAUUGUCAACAAUCCAAUCAGCAGCUAUAGAGUCCACCUCCACCUUCAACACCCCUACAGUACCAAAGUAAAAUAACUUUCUUUUGUAAACUUCCUCAUUUUCAUUGUUCAACACAGAAAAAAAAAAAUGUACUAAAUAAUAAAAAUACAGUAUUGUAUAAUCUAGUUUUGGCAUCUGUAAAAGUGGGGGGAGGAAUAAUAAUGGCAUGUCAGAUUUUCUGUAAACCAGUCAUUUCUUUCCUCUGUGUUUCCUUUACAUGUUUUAACUCUUCUUUUUUUUUUUAUAUAUAAUUUGUCUUACCAAGAACUGCCUUCUAAUGUUCAGUAGUCAAUUUCACAUCCAAGGAGCAAAUAUGAAAAUAUGGUAUUUUUGUUGGCUCCGCGUAGAAAAGAUAAACCUGCAGAGUGUCCACCUUUUAAGAGGACAUUUCAAAGGCAGGAGAGCCUCCGUGCGAAUGAAGGAGUUGGCGCCAUAUACCUUAAGCAUGAGAAUCUGUCAGUUUCAGAAGAUCUGUGCAUUUAUUUUAUUUUUUUUAAGAGAGCACGAGCCUGUGUUGCCUUAUGUCUGGUGUUUUAAGUUUUAAACAGUUUAUCUUUGAAGCCCCCCCCACCCCCACCCCCCUAUGUCUCAUUUGCUCUUUUAUAAUGUUGGCCAAACAAUUUUUUUUUCCGUCAAAUAUGCAUACGUUUACAGUGGUGUGCAACUAAAGUAGGUGUUUAUAGGCAGUUUCAUUCCAUUUUUAGUAAAUGAUCUUGUAACCAUGUUGCCUUAAAAUGUUUGAUUACUCUAACAAAAAAAAAAAAAGAAUGAAAAUGUGCUUAAAGACGAAAAAAGAACUUGUUUUAAGCAGGACUGUAUGCUGUACAUGCCUCCUUUUCUAACUGUCCGAGCCCUUUUCAACUUGUUAAGAUGCCUGAUUUCUAACUUCGCAGCAGUGACCUACACCUACUGACAAAUGAACAGUGUUACAGAAUUGAUCCACUCGCGUAGUUCAUAACAAAAGUAUCAUUUUCAAAACGGUGUAAUCCGUACUUCUGUGUGUCAUUUAAUUAGGGGAAACGAGAAAGAUGACCUACGCCUGCUUUGUGCCAUUUGAAUGUAUUUCGUUUUAUAUGCAGUGUACCUUUUCUUUGAUAGCUCAAUGUUAAGAUAAGUCGCAUGUUUAAACAACUGUGAAGGCAUCUUACCUGUCCGUUACAAUCAUGCUGCUGACUGAAAAGGAAAGGACACACGACACGCGGCCUUGUGCGUUCUCGGAAGGACCUCGCACGGUGCAACAUCGCGAAUUUGUGGUUGUAGGCCCUCACUUCACAUUAUUUGUGUAAGUUGUGUUUUAUUUUUAUUUUUUAUUUACUGAGGAGAAUUUUUUAAAAAGAUAUAAUGUAAAAAAAAAAAAUAAAAUAAAUUCUCUUUUGGGGAAUGGCAGAGGGGAGGGAGAGUUGUUGAUUUAGGUGACCCUCGGUCCCGGAGCACACUAUGUAACAUUAGCUGCUUAUUUAAUGGGAAACAAAGCUGUUUAUGUAUAUGAAUGCUCAUAUUUCCAGUAUAUUAAUACAAAUGCAUUCUAAAAGUUUUUAUUAAGAACAAAUGAUAUUCCAUUCCCUGUAUAUCGUGUGCGUUUUAACUCCAUGUUAAGCCUAUUAAAUGCUGAAGUGUAAUAUGGCAUUGUUAUUAAUUGGCCAGGCUGUCUGUGUGUCAUCUUGUACCCGUCUGUGUCUUUCUGUCCAUUUUCUUUUCUUUUUUUGUAACAUGCCCAUUUUUAGGCGUACAUUGAGUCUUUUUGUUUAAUGAAAGGAGAUCAUUUGUCUGUCAUCUGGGUAAUUCUAAAGCUCUGAUAAGAACAUGGAAGAAAUUUUGCAUUUCCGGGCCGUUAUGCCCAUUUGUAUUAAAUGGAGUCUUGCUGUGUUUAACGAUACCAACCACACUGUAAUGCGUGUGCCUCAGAUUAUCGACUUUAUUUUUUUGGUGUUUUUCCUCCCUGUUCUCUCUCAACGUUAUUCUUUUUAAAAAAGAGACAAGCCGCCAGAGCUAGCAAAUAAAUAAAACAAUAAACGAUCAUUUUGGAAACCUUAAGUAUUGUGACAUUUGUGCAGUUGAUGAGAAUGCGCUGCUGUAAAUCGUCACGAGUCAUCCCAUUCAUCAGUCAGGUAUUUGAAUCCUCCAUGUUUGGAGUUGAUCGCUGUUGUAGUAAAGUUGGUUGUUUUAUUAUUAUUAUUUUUUUUUUUUUUCUCUCAGAAGUUCUUGCUGGCAUGAUUGAUGCCCAGUGCCGUCUCUUGUAGAAAUGAGGUUCGGUUCUUUAAUGGAGUUGUGUUUAAAGUGUCACAGCCAGUAAGCACAGGGGACCAAUCACGGGGUUACUUUCACUUUUGAUGUUUAUUUGCCCACAACCUCCUGCUUCCUAGUCCUCAUUUAUCCCCUUUAAUUCUUUGGAUUUUCUACCUCUUUGUAGCCUUGAAUCAUUAUAAACCAUGACCACCAUAUUUUUUUUUUCUUUCAAUCAAUUACAAUAAACAUGUUCAGAAAAGUGU